UUCAGACAAUAUCUGUUUUCAUAACGACUAAAAACGUCCUUGAUUCAGUUAAGGAACUGGCAGGAAAAUUGCAAGAGCGGAACCAGGAUAUACUUGACGCCUACGCAAUGGUUGAUGAAUCGAUUGAAGAGAUCAAAAGUGUGAGAAAAGAUAUCGAUGCAACAUUUGUUUCCUGGUAUAGAGAUAUAACUGAGCUUGCAGCGAACAUCGGCGUAGCGGAAUCAAUUCCUAGGAAAACCAGCCUGCAGAGGAACAGAAGUAACACACCUAGUCAAAGUCCGAUGGAGUUUUAUAAGCGGUCACUUGCAAUUCCACUACUGGAUUCUCUGACAGCGCAAAUGGAAGACCGUUUCCUACGUGAUGGAAGGCAUGUUGGUGCGUUGCUGAAUCUUGUACCAUCAAUAUUUCUAACUUCGAGAGUAGAGUUGGGCACACUCAGAGAAGGCGUUAUGUUUUGGGAAAAAGACCUACCUUUCCCUAAGUCUCUAGAGAAUGAACUCAGGAGAUGGGAAACCCUGUGGAAGAGAAGAAAAGACCGAGAAUCCGUGCAAGAAGAAAUGGUCAGGCAACGUGAGGCAAGAAUUCCUGACAAUCUGCUGCUGUCACUUGGAAAUUGCGAUGUACAUUCGUUUCCGAACAUUCACCGCCUACUUCUGAUUGCCUGCACUCUCCCAAUAACGAGUGCAGAAGCGGAGCGAUCCUUUUCCCUCAUGAGGCGGAUCAAGACUUAUGCAAGAUCGGCGAUGUGCGAAGAGCGUUUCACAGACCUUGGAGUUCUUGCCAUGCAUUACAGUGACCGUAUCCCUGCCGAGGAGAUCGCAAAAGCGUUUGUGCAAGAACAUCCAAGGAGGAUGUUUCAAGCGUCGUUAUUUAGCGAAACAUGAACAGCAUUAAAAACCUAGCGAGCGUUUUCAUAGAGAGAGAGGUGAUUAGGAAACUCUUAAAGGUGAUUAAUUGAGCUGAUUACUGGCAAGACUUGGUGUCUGUGUACGUAACUAGUUAGAGUUGAGAGACCCUAUGAGCGACAACGUGCAUGGAAGCGACGAGAAAUUGAAUGGAAUGACGAAGUCACAUGUCAGUACAACAUGGGGCAUGGGGCGUGGCAAGUUGUAACUUUCAACCCCCCCUUUCUAAAAAUCCUAGAUCCGCGGCUGAUCCCUAGUCCAAGCUACUUAUAGACUGCUGAUCGAAUCACAUUGGACCUCACAGCUUCAGAUAACGUGAAUCGAACCAGGAUCGAGCUCCCUAAGUGAAUGAAUCUCUUUCCAUGCAGUAAAAUGAAUCUCUUUCCAUGCAGCUACAGGAACGAAAUGUAAACAGUGAAUGUAUCCAAUUGGAUAUCACAGCUAGCCUAACUUCGAUGGAAGAAUGUCGUGUUAUACAGGAACCGGGCACGACGGCGCGAGAGGAUCUGGUACUGGCUAAAAUGACGUCCGUCCAAGACAAAUCGUUAUUAAGUGCGUCCGUCCUCCCUAUGUCUGUUGACACGUCAGGUGGGAGAUAAAUUAUUAAGAGAGCGUGUACUCA